AUGGUCUCUUGGGUUUUAUCCAUUUCUCCACAAAGUUGGCUACUUUCAGAAUUUCCCGUCUCUGAUUCUCGAAAUUGUAAACCGAAGCUCGUCGAUCGUCGCUACACGAGUGUCCGAGGAGGCUUAUCUGUUUCCGUCAAGAGACAAUCGACGGCGAAGACUCGCUGUUUCACUGAGACAAAGCGUCGAACACCUACCGUGCAAUCCAAACGUGAAUUCUGGGAAGACCCAGACGAUGGUAGCGACAGUGAAGACGAAGAAGAAGAAGUAGACGAUGAUGGUGUCGGGAACGAUUUGGAUUUCGAGAGUGAUUGGGAAGAAGACUCGAGAGCCCAAAAGCUUACUACUGACAAUUACGAAGAAGAGCUUGCAAGAGAGGUUGAACAACUUCUUGAACCUGAAGAAAGAGCGAUUCUGCAGCAAAAUGAGAAACCAAACCUUCAGAUGAUUUCAACAAAGAAGUGGAAGCCACUUCAGACUCUUGCUCUGUCAAUGCAGAUUCAGUUAAUGGAUAACCUCAUUGCAAAUGGACUAGACAUUGAUGAUGUUGAUAAGGACAACCAAACCGCUCUUCAUAAAGCAGUCAUUGGUAAAAAAGAAGCAGUGAUUAGUCAUCUUUUGAGAAAAGGAGCAAACCCAAAUGUUCAAGAUCGGGACGGUGCAUCUCCGCUUCACUAUGCAGUUCAAGUUGGAGCCUUGCAGACUGUAAAACUGCUGAUCAAGUACAACGUAGACGUCAAUGUUACAGAUAAUGAAGGAUGGACUCCUUUACAUAUCGCUGUACAAAGCCGGAACCGAGACAUUACAAAGAUCUUGUUGACCAAUGGUGCUGAUAAAACAAGAAGAACAAAGGUGUGA